ACAGCAGGGAUGAGUCACUUCUGCAUCCCAUCCACGAGUCUGUUUGUUCUUGUUAUCAGGAUGAUGUUCCACUCCCUCCAGCUAAGCCACAUCCACCUCCGCCUUGCAGGUCCCAGUCAGUCAGAGCAGAGAGUGAAGCAGAGCCUUUCUUCUCCUCAGAGAACAGAAACCUUCUGAGCUCAAACAUCUCAGAGCCGUCGGUCAACAUGUGCACCGGAAAAUGCUCCCAGUGCAUCGCUGUGAGUCUGUACCCACUGGCGCUCAUUUCUAUCAUCUGUAACAUCGUGCUGUUCUUUCCUGCUGGAGACGUCCAGUACGCCAAAGAUGGACACAUCACAGAGGAGGUGAAAUACAUGGGGGGUCUCAUCGGAGGGGGAGUGAUGGUGCUGAUUCCUGCUCUUCACAUUCAUCUGAUGGGGAAACAGGGCUGCUGUGGGAACCGCUGUGGGAUGUUCCUCUCCAUUGCCUUCGCCGCUCUGGGUGUGGCUGGAGCUUUGUACAGCUUUGCUGUUGCUGUUCUCGGUCUGCAGAAUGGGCCCCUGUGUCAGGUCCUGCUUGUUUGGACGACACCUUUCAAAGACAGUGGCACGGGUUACCUGACGGACAAGUCAAAGUGGUCGAAGUGUACGGCGCCCAAAGACAUCCUCCCGUUUCACAUCGGGUUGUUCAGCACCCUGCUGGCAACCAGCAGCCUGCAGGCGAUCCUCUGUGCUGCUCAGAUGAUCAACGGGCUCUUCGGCUGCCUGUGUGGAACCUGCAUCAAGAAGGAUGUAAUAUGAAGGCACUGUGAGGACUGUCCAGGAAAACUGAAAACCGACUUCUGGGCAGUGUGUUUAUUUAUCUUGAUUUAUUACAUCGAAGUCCAAAAUUCUCAGAAAAUUCUGUACUUUGUUGCAAAAAAUACAUUAAACUGAUGGUAAAGAUUUAAAGGCACUGUGAGAACUGACUUAACAGACAAACUGACUAAAACAAUUCAAAAAUAAAAGACAGUUGGUAAGGACACAGAACUCAUAAAAAACACAGUGCUCUAGUUAACCCUAUUACCCACCUUAUAAAGUUACUGUU